AUGGGUCAAGCAUUUAGCUUUGCCAAUAUAUUUGGCAAAUUAUGGGGUAUGAAUAAAGAGGUUAGAAUUCUUAUAUUGGGUCUAGAUGGUGCAGGGAAAACAACAAUAUUGUAUCGAUUGCAAAUGGGAGAAGUGGUCACAACAAAACCAACAAUAGGGUUCAAUGUCGAGACCUUGAAAUAUAAAAACAUCACAUUAAAUAUUUGGGAUCUAGGAGGACAAACGUCUAUAAGGCCUUAUUGGAGAUGUUAUUACAGCAAUACAUCAGCUAUCAUUUUCGUGGUAGACUCCACUGAUAAGGACCGUAUCGACACAGCUUGUAAGGAAUUGCAUACGAUGUUGAAAGAAGAGGAGUUACAAGAUAGCGCAUUAUUGGUGUUUGCAAAUAAACAGGAUCAGCCCGGGGCUAUGUCUGCCGCUGAAGUAUCCAAUGCAUUGAGUCUAACUGAUUUGAAAGAUAGGAGUUGGAGUAUUGUUGCAUCGAGUGCUAUAAAGGGAGAAGGUUUGAACGAGGGAUUAGAUUGGUUGAUGGAUGUAAUCAAGGAUGAACAGUUGUGA